AUGAUUCACUGGGGCGGCCUUUGUCUGCGAUUGGCCCCGCCCCGCCCCCGUCAUCCGCGGACCCCCGACGGCCCCCGCCCCGCCCCCGUCAUCCGCGAACCCCCGACGGCCCCCGCCCCGCCCCCCGUCAUCCACGGCCCCCCCCGACGGCCCCCCGCCCCGCCCCCGUCAUCCGCGAACCCCCGACGGCCCCCGCCCCGCCCCCGUCAUCCGCGGCCCCCCGAGGCCCCGCCCCGCACCGGUCAUCCGCGGCCCCCCCGAGGCCCCGCCCCGCCCCCGUCAUCCGCGGACCCCCGACGGCCCCCGCCCCGCCCCCGUCAUCCGCGGACCCCCGACGGCCCCCGCCCUGCCCCCGUCAUCCGCGGCCCCCCGACGGCCCCCGCCCCGCCCCCGUCAUCCGCGGACCCCCGACGGCCCCCGCCCCGCCCCCGUCAUCCGCGGCCCCCCGAGGCCCCGCCCCGCACCGGUCAUCCGCGGCCCCCCCGAGGCCCCGCCCCGCCCCCGUCAUCCGCGGACCCCCGACGGCCCCCGCCCCGCCCCCGUCAUCCGCGGACCCCCGACGGCCCCCGCCCCGCCCCCGUCAUCCGCGAACCCCCGACGGCCCCCGCCCCGCCCCCCGUCAUCCACGGCCCCCCCCGACGGCCCCCCGCCCCGCCCCCGUCAUCCGCGGACCCCCGACGGCCCCCGCCCCGCCCCCGUCAUCCGCGGCCCCCCGACGGCCCCCGCCCCGCCCCCCCGUCAUCCACGGCCCCCCCCGACGGCCCCCCGCCCCGCCCCCGUCAUCCGCGAACCCCCGACGGCCCCCGCCCCGCCCCCCGUCAUCCACGGCCCCCCCCCGACGGCCCCCCGCCCCGCCCCCGUCAUCCGCGAACCCCCGACGGCCCCCGCCCCGCCCCCGUCAUCCGCGAACCCCCGACGGCCCCCGCCCCGCCCCCCGUCAUCCACGGCCCCCCCCGACGGCCCCCCGCCCCGCCCCCGUCAUCCGCGAACCCCCGACGGCCCCCGCCCCGCCCCCCCGUCAUCCACGGCCCCCCCCGACGGCCCCCCGCCCCCGCCCCCGUCAUCCGCGAACCCCCGACGGCCCCCGCCCCGCCCCCCGUCAUCCACGGCCCCCCCCGAGGCCCCGCCCCGCACCGGUCAUCCGCGGCCCCCCCGAGGCCCCGCCCCGCCCCCGUCAUCCGCGGACCCCCGACGGCCCCCGCCCCGCCCCCGUCAUCCGCGGACCCCCGACGGCCCCCGCCCUGCCCCCGUCAUCCGCGGCCCCCCGACGGCCCCCGCCCCGCCCCCGUCAUCCGCGGACCCCCGACGGCCCCCGCCCUGCCCCCGUCAUCCGCGGCCCCCCGACGGGCCCCCGCUUCCCAUCAUCCGCGGCCCCCCCACGGACCCCGUCACCCACAGCCCCCGCCCGACGCCCACCCGCCCCACAGGCCCCCGCCCCCCUACGGCACAGCCGGCGCUGUCCCCUGCAGACGCCCCCUUCGCCCCCUUCGUGGUUCCAGCGCAGACUCCUCAGGCCUGCAGGACCGCGCCCGCCCGCCCGCACAGCACCUGCAGCGCCCCCGCAACUACCGCCCGGGGUCUCCCGCUAUCUGCUGA